AGCUGCAAGGAAAUUAGGACCGAGCUGGUUGAAUGCAUCCUCAAGUCUGAUUGUGUUAUCAAAGAUGCAUUAUCCCCAAAAGAGUGUCUUCGUUCCGAGAAUGAAUAUAGAGUGCCGGCUGAAUGCGUAGCCAUAAAGAGAAGCUUUUUUGAGUGCAAGCGAGGAAUGCUGGAUAUGAGAACAAGGUUCAGAGGCAAC